AUGUCCGCAUUUACACUCUCCCUCCCUUUUCAAACUCCCCACCAACAACAAAACCCCAUCAACAAAAACCACAGCUUUCGCUCCCCUCCUAAACCCCCUUCAUCAAAUCAAAAACCCACAUCAGAUUCACCUUCAUAUUCCUCAUGGAUCGAACAACUUCGAUCCCAUACCCGUUCCGGCAACUUCCACGAAGCCAUAUCCGUCUACAUCGACAUGACCACCGCCGGUCUCCGCCCCAACAACUUCGCUUUCCCGGCUGUUUUAAAAGCAGUUACAGAGAUUCAGGACUUCAAUUUGGGUGAACAGGUUCAUGGUGUUGUUGUUAAACUUGGGUACGAUGCAUCUUCAGUGACUGUUGCGAAUACGCUCUUGAAUAUGUACGGGAAAUGUGGGGGUUUAAAUGAUGUCCUCAAGGUGUUCGACAAAAUUACUGAAAGAGAUAAAGUGUCAUGGAACACUUUUAUCGCUUCGUUAUGUAGGUUAGAAGAAUGGGAGCUUGCUUUGGAUAUGUUUAGGCGAAUGCAAUUUGAUAAAGUUGAACCCAAUUCGUUUACCUUGGUCAGCAUGUCGCUUGCUUGUUCAAAUCUUGAAAAUCGCCAUGGUGUCAUGCUUGGGAAGCAAGUUCAUGCUUACAGUUUAAAAAUUGGGGACACCAUGAGUUUUACAAACAAUUCUUUGAUGUCUAUGUACGCAAAACUAGGAAGAAUUCAAGAUUCAGUUUCGCUAUUUGAGAUGUUUCCUGGAAAAAAUAUAAUUUCUUGGAACACCAUGAUAAGCUCACUCUCACAACAAGAUCUAUUUCAGGAAGCCAUGGCUGUCUUCAAGCUCAUGAUUCUUGAAGAAAUGAAGCCCGAUGGAGUCACAAUUUCAAGUGUUCUUCCUGCUUGUUCUCAUUUGGAGUUAUUACAUCAUGGGAAACAAAUUCAUGCUUAUGCAAUAAGAAACAAUAAUUUGAUUGAAAACUCAUACGUUUCUAGUGCUUUAAUCGACAUGUACUGCAAUUGCAGAGAAAUUACAAUCGCCCGUAAAGUUUUCGAUCGUCUCGUAAACCGGAGCCUUGCAAAUUGGAACGCGAUGCUUGCGGGUUACACACAAAACGGAUUUUACGAUUCUGCCCUUGUUCUUUUCUUCAAAAUGAUGGAAUUUUCUGGGCUUUCUGCUAACCCUACAACAAUGGCGAGUGUAAUUCCUGCUUCUGUCCACUGUGAAUCUUUUCAUGACAAAGAAGGCAUGCAUGGAUUCAUCGUGAAAAUGGGGUUUUCAAAAGACGGGUAUGUGCAAAACGCGCUAAUCGACUUGUAUUCCCGAAUUGGGAAAAUCAACAUUUCAAGAAACAUUUUUGAUAGAUUGGAGAUUAAAGAUACGGUUUCUUGGAAUACAAUGAUUACAGGGUAUGUGGUUUGUGGAUUUCAUGAACACGCGUUAGAUUUGCUGCAUAAAAUGAAUCAAAGAGAUGAAACCCACGAUCAAAACCUUGAAAAGGUAACAUGUAAGCCUAAUUCAAUAACCCUAAUGACUGUUCUUCCAGGUUGUGCAGCCUUGGCUGCCUUAGCAAAAGGUAAAGAAAUCCAUUCUUACGCUAUUAGAAAUCUUUUGGCCACGGAUGUGGCAGUUGGAAGUGCCCUAACUGAUAUGUAUGCAAAAUGUGGGUGUUUAAACUUCGCCCGAAAGGUGUUCGAUGAAAUGCCUGUGAGAAACGUGAUCACAUGGAAUGUAAUGUUCAUGGCAUAUGGUAUGCACGGGAAAGGAGAUGUCGCCAUGUCACUUUUCAACCGCAUGGUGGCUGAAAUCAACCCUAACGAGGUUAGCUUCAUUUCACUAUUCGCAGCAUGUAGCCAUUCGGGCAUGGUGGAUGAAGGUCUAGAAUUGUUCCAUAAAAUGAAAGACAAAUACGGGGUUGACCCAACCGAAGAUCAUUACGGGUGUGUGGUUGACUUGCUAGGUCGAGCCGGGCGGCUAGCCGAAGCACACGAGCUGAUAACCAAAAUGCCACCACGGUUCAAGAAACUUGGUGCGUGGAGUAGCCUACUUGGUGCUUGUUGGAUUCACCAAAAUGUGGACCUAGGCGAGAUCGCGGCUCGAAAUCUACUGGAAUUCGAGUCGGAUGUUGCCAGCCACUACGUGUUACUAUCAAAUAUCUACUCAGCCGCAGGGUUUUGGAAAAAAGCAACCGAAGUGCGAAAAACAAUGAUUAAAAAUGGGGUUAAGAAAGAACCGGGGUGCAGUUGGAUUGAGUUUGAUGAUGAAGUGCAUAAAUUUAUGGCCGGGGAUUUUUCACACCCGCAAAGUGAGAAAAUUCAUGGUUUUCUUGAAAAGUUAUUGGAGAGAUUGAAACAAGAAGGGUAUGUGCCCGAUACAUCGUGUGUUCUUCAUGAUGUGAAUGAAGAUGAAAAGGAGAGUUUGCUUUGUGGACAUAGUGAGAGGUUGGCUAUAGCAUUUGGGUUGAUUAAUAUGCCACCGGGUGUCACGAUUCGAGUUGCGAAAAAUCUUAGGGUUUGUAAUGAUUGCCAUUCAGCGAUUAAGUUUAUUUCGAAGGUUGUUGGGAGGGAGAUUGUUGUAAGGGAUGUUCGAAGGUUUCAUUGUUUUAAAGAUGGGAAUUGUUCGUGUGGUGAUUAUUGGUGA